GCAGGAUGGCUACAGUGGCCCAGAAGCGCUUCCUGGAAGGGCAGACGUACUCGGUGCCCCUGAUCCAGCCGGAUGAUAUCUUCACCAGGAUCUCUCAGCGGGUGGAGGCCAGCCGGACACAGCUGCAGACCAUCAGCGAGAGAGUCACGCUCGCCCAGGCAAAGAUCGAGAAGAUCAAGGGCAGCAAGAAGGCCAUUAAGGUAUUUUCCAGUGCCAAGUAUCCUGCCCCUGAACGCUUGCAGGAGUACAGCUCAAUUUUUGCUGGUGCAGAGGACCCAGCUAAACAGAAAUGGCCAAAACACAAGAUUCAGAGCAAACACCGAAUGCUGGAUGAGAAAUCGCUGCAGGAGAAGCUCAAGUACUUCCCUGUGUGCGUAAGCACCAAAGUUCACCAGGAGGAUGAUGCAGAAGAAGGUCUUGGCAGCCUCCCCAGGAACAUCAGCUCCCUCAGCUCCCUGCUGCUCUUCAACACUACGGAGAACCUGUACAAGAAGUAUGUCUUCCUGGAUCCUCUGGCUGGAGCAGUGACCAAGACCCAUGUAGCUCUGGAAACGGAGACAGAAGAGAAGCUCUUUGAUGCUCCUCUCUCCAUCACCAAAAGGGGACAGCUGGACCGGCAGGUGGCUGAAAAUUACUUCUACGUGCCAGAUUUGGGCCAGGUGCCUGAGAUCGAUGUGCCAUCCUACCUGCCGGACCUGCCAGGCAUUGCUGCAGAUCUCAUGUACAGCGCUGACCUGGGGCCCGGCAUCGCACCGUCUGCCCCGGGCAGUGCUAUUCCAGAGCUGCCCACCUUCCACACGGAGUCAGUGGAGCCUUCGCAGCCAGACCUUCAGGACGCUGGACUAUUGCUGCCUCCGCCGCCACCACCGCCUCCGCCGCCACCCCUGGUCGUGCCCACGACGGUGCCUCCCCCGCCGCCCCUGCCGCAGCCCGCAGCCCCUGCUGAGGCGGGCUGGCCCGCGCGGGAGGAGAGCCAUGACACGGUGCCCGCAGCUCUGGUGCAGGGAGCCCCAAAGGAGGUGGUGAACCCCUCGAGCGGGCGUGCCAGCCUCCUGGAGUCCAUCCGCCAGGCUGGGGGCAUCGGCAAAGCCAACCUCCGCAGCGUCAAGGAGAGGAAGCUGGAGAAGAAGAAGCAGAAGGAACAAGAACAAGUGAGAGCUACGGGACAAGGUGGAGACUUGAUGUCAGAUCUCUUUAACAAGCUGGUGCUGAGGCGCAAAGGUAUUUCGGGGAAAGGGCCAGGAGCCUCAGGAAAUCCUGACACUCCUGGAAGUCCUGCUGGCGCCUUUGCUCGUAUGUCAGACUCGAUACCACCCCUUCCACCCCCACAGCAGCCCCCAGGUGAGGAAGAUGAGGAUGACUGGGAAUCGUAGAUGUAGCAGUUGUGCAUAAUCUCUAUCAGCGUGAGUCCCGCGACUCUUGAACUAAGGCACCUUUGAGACAGACCAGCCCCUGGAAAUAUCCCUUGGAGGGUGGGCACUGUCCUGGCAGAGGGACCCUGUCAUUUCCUCUUAAAGCUGAGCGGGAGCAGCAGGAACGAACAGCUGCUGAACAGAGUUAUCAAGGAGUGUUACUUCUGCUCUGGUUGCUCUUCCUCACCCCCAGCACUACAUUCAUCUCGUGCUGCUGCUCACAGGGGCUCAAUAAAUCCUGCCUUAGCUGCAGGGCAGCGAGGUGGCUUGUGCUCAGGAGAUCCGAACUAGCAUCUCUCCCGAUUUAAGGGGCCUUCAGUCUUUCCUAAUGUGAUUGGUGACGACUGCAAGAGCAGCUCUUGCAGGCAAACAGCUUCUGCCUCAUCUUUCUCCAUGCUGUU